AUGGUUUGUAUUCCAUGCAUUGUAAUUCCGGUACUGUUGUGGAUAUUACAUCGUCUUCUACUUCCAGUUGUACACUAUUUCAUUCCAAGUUUAAAACCUAGUCCGGAGCCAAUUAAGGAAAAAUCGGAACAAUUGAAUGAUGUUACAGAAAAUAAUUUAACUGAUACUUGUCAGUCAUCGUCAUCAUCAUUAUCAACUCAAGUCAAGUCAAAAUGCGAGUGA